AUGGCACAGAGGGUGUCCCUCAAGUCAUUUUUGGCUACAGCCCGCAAGGCACUCACGGCACCUCCAUCUCAAAGACCGAAUCCUCUCACUUUUGUGGUAGGAAAUGAGUCUGCUGACCUGGAUUCAAUCUGCUCAGCCGUCCUCUAUGCCUACUUCCGCACCCAUGCCCCUUCAUCCCAGUCAGCUCUCCACAUCCCGCUCUCCAACCUCCCCCUUGCCGACCUUGCCCUCCGUGCUGAGCUCAACGCAAUCUUCGCCCCCUCCUCCAACUCAGUCACCCCAGACGACCUGAUCACCCUCUCCGACCUCCCUUCACCUUCUGAUCUGCCACCAUCAGCAACAAAAUGGUACCUAGUCGACCACAACGUCCUCACCGGCGACCUCACUAAGCGCGGUUACGACAAAUCCGUCAUAGGCUGCGUCGACCACCACGAUGACGAGGGCAUCAUCCCCUCCGACGCCCAACCAAGAGUAUUCGCCAAAUGCGGCAGCUGCAUGAGUCUCGUUCUCUCACAGUGCCAGCCAAUCUGGGAUCAGCUCCAAAGCCACCAAGAAAUCGACGAGGAACUGGCCAGGGUGGCCAUGGCUCCCAUCUUGAUCGACACUGUCAAACUCACUUCAAAAGACAAGACCACAGACUGGGAUGUCAAUGCCGCAGCGUAUGCGGAGGAGAAGCUUGUUGCCACUCUCAGUGUUGCCAGGUCAAACAGGCAAAGAUACGACAGAGAGAAGUAUUUUGAUCAUCUUUCGGAGCUGAAGGAUAGUAUCCUUCACCUGUCCUACCGCGACAUUCUCAGAAAGGAUUACAAAAAGUGGACCGAUGGGUCGUUGAACUUGGGGAUAUCAACCGUUGUUCAGGGCUUUGAGACUUGCUUGGCUGAGGUGGGGGAUAAGCAGACGUUCUUGGCUGCUCUUAAGGACUGGGCCAAGGAGCAGCAGCUGGAUAUUGCGGCGGUUAUGACAGUCUCCAAACCGGGCGGUGUCUUUACGAGGGAGCUGCUUGUUUGGGGGUUGGGUGGUCAGGACGCUGUGAAGGUCGCGAGAAGAUUUGCCGAGAAGAAUGGGGGGUCGCUGGGGCUGGAGAAGUGGAACAAUGGAGAACUGGAUGGGGAGGAGGGUGGUGAGUGGAGGGCAUGUUGGAGGCAGAUGGAUGUUGGGAGUAGCAGAAAGCAGGUGGCUCCCAUGUUGAGAGAGGUCAUGAAGGAGUCUGCGAGGUUGUAA